GUUCAGGACUGCGCCAACUGCCCCUUGUUCUUUUGUGCAGGGAAUGAUCUCUCUUGUCAGCCAUGCUGCUGAGGGCAACUUCCACGCAGUCCUGGACACACUCAUCAUGUUUUCGUCCAGGCUGUACAAGGGCCGGAAUGGAAGGAUUGCCAAGCGCAAGAAGAUGGAGCUGGACAGCAAGAGAGCUCAUGCCACACGCAGCGCUCUCAUGCUCGCCUAUGGCAGUUUGGCACUGCGUGCCAGCAAGGAACAGCUGCUUGCCCGCCUGGAGGUAGACAUUGUGGGCAACAUCCUGCUGCUGUACAGCUUCAGCUGCCAGGUGAGAGCUUGAAACAUGCCAGGGUAUCUGAGUGCCCA